AACGUCAUCAUCACGUGACCAACGCGGAAGUUGGGUCAUUUUGGCGGAGAGGGAAGUUGGCUCUCGUCCUGUGGACGUGCCCAAUCCAGGCCAGAAUUUGACAGUUUCCCGCGAUCUAUCAGGUCACCAAAAUGGGCGGAAAGUCGAGCAAAAGCAAACAGAAGGACAAGGACGGAAAGAAACAGAAGAAGAGCAAGAACAAGGGGAACAAGGAGAACCACCCCGGGGACGACGUACCGGACACUGGGUUCGACCCCUUCGGGGGGAGCGCGUCUCCCACCCCGUUUGUCGGCUCCGGCUCCCCCGCCAAUGGAAACGCCCGUAUCGGGAUUCCGAGCUUUCAUGAUCAUACUCCAGGUCCCAUGCAGGGCACAGUGGGAGUUUUGCUGUUCCAAGCACUGUACGACUAUGAAGCCAGAACGGAGGACGAUCUUAGUUUCAAGAAGGGAGACCUACUCCAGAUCGUCAACAACAAUGACGGCGAUUGGUGGAUGGCACAGUCAAUGACCACUAACCAGCAAGGUUACGUUCCCAGCAAUUACAUCGCCCCGUCUGCCUCCGUCGAAUCAGAGGAUUGGUACUUCGGUAAGAUCACCAGAAAAGACGCGGAGAGACUACUGACCAUGACGCCCACCCUCUCACCCGGAACGUUCUUGGUCCGAGAGCCAGAAAGGCGCCAAGGCGGCCACACGUACACGCUGUCGGUCAGAGACUGGGAGGAAGUGAAGGGAGUGAACGCCAAACACUACAAAAUCAUGAAGCACGACAACACGGGCUACUACAUCUCCCAACGCAAGCACUUCGACAGCGUCUCAGAGCUGAUCGCACACUAUAAAGGAAUAUUCGGAGACUUCAGACGUCGAUCGUCAACGUCGUCGGACGGUUUGUGUCGGAAGCUGACGGAGUCGUGCCCGAAGGUGAACCCGGAGACGGGCGGUCUCGCCAAGGACGCCUGGGAGAUCGACAGAAAUUCACUCAAGUUCGACAAGAAGCUGGGGGCUGGCUGCUUCGGAGAAGUAUGGGCGGGCACGUGGAACAACAAAACUAGAGUCGCCAUCAAGACAUUGAAGGCUGGCACGAUGUCUCCUCAAGCCUUCCUCCAGGAGGCCAACAUUAUGAAGAAGCUGCGGCACAAGAACUUGGUGUCUCUGUACGCUGUCUGCUCAGAAAAGGAACCGAUCUACAUAGUGACUGAAAUGAUGAUGCACGGCAGUCUGUUGGACUAUCUCCGCCAGGGCGCAGGGAUGGCGCUCAAGUUUAAAGAGCUGGUGGAAAUGUCCGCACAGAUUGCAGCAGGAAUGGGCUAUAUCGAGAAGAUGAACUACAUCCACCGUGACCUGCGCGCCGCCAACGUGCUGGUAGGAGACAACAACCUAUGCAAGGUUGCCGACUUCGGUCUGGCCAGACUGGUCAACGACGACAUCUAUGAAGCUUCUGCUGAAUCGAGAUUCCCCAUCAAAUGGACGGCACCAGAGGCGAUAGAGUACGGCCAGUUCACUAUCAAGUCGGACGUCUGGUCUUUCGGCAUCAUGAUGACAGAGCUGCUGACAAAAGGGAAAAUCCCGUACCCAGGUAUGAACAAUGCCCAGGUGAUGCAGCAAGUCUCUCGAGGCUACAGGAUGCCGCUGGAGUCCUUCAGCUGCCCCGACUCCCUGUACGAACAGAUGAUUAAGUGCUGGGACGUCUCCCCCGAAAAACGACCAACGUUCGAAUUUCUGGCCAACUUCUUAGACGACUACUUCGCCGUCACCGAACCAGACUACAAGGAGCCGGACGAGUUUUAGGAAAUCUUCUGUCCUCUGAUUUUCUUUAUGAUGCAAGUAUUAACAAAGUUUGGUUGCAUUUACAUUUGCUGGAAAGAUUUUGAAUGUAUAUACAUGCACUGUGGAGGAGGUGCAUUCACGUCACUGAUUCUAACAGAAUAAGCUAUUAAUUGACAAAUCUGCAAUCGUUCAAGCUCACGGACGUGUUAAAAAGCAUCCGUAAAUAAUUUCAUCAGGUUGGUAAACGAAUGAAUAGCAACGUUCUUUGAUCACAAACAUUUAUU